AUUGUUUUUCUGUCAGCCGUCAUCAAAUCAGCUGUGUAUCACACACAGAGAACAUGUAACACAAUAAAUGUGCGUAUUAAAAUUUUUGGUGUGAAAAUGUCCACAGAGACUUCUGAUAAAAAAUCUGCUAAAUGUUUAUGAUAAAUUUGUGGAAAAGACAUGGCGCACCGGAGGAGCAGCGGCAUCACCAGCCUGGCGUUUAACCAGGACCAAGGCUGCUUCGCGUGCUGCCAUAAGAACGGUUUGCGAAUCUACAAUGUGGAACCCCUUGUUGAAAAAACCCACUACACCAAGGAGGAUAUUGGCGAGGUGGUACUGUGCGAGAUGUUACACCGCACAAGCUGGCUGCUAGUCGUGACAGCUCGCCGCCCAUGCAGUCUUAUGAUCCUCGAUGAUCAAGAACGUGGCUUCAUAGCCGAGGUGUUCUUCAAGGCACCGAUCAGAGCAAUCAAAGCGAGGAGAGAUAAAGUGGCAUUGGUGCUGAAUUCCACCGUGCAGGUGCUAGCGAUACCGACGCUUAAUCGUGUGGCGUUGAUGCGGAUACCGACUGGCUGCCGUCCGCUAUGCACGAUAGCCACCGACCAAUCGGUCCCACAACUCUUAGCAGCGCCAGCACACCGCAAAGGAUCCGUGCAGUUAGUCGAUGUGUCGCGAGUAGUAAAAGGUGCCCAAUCCUCGACGCCGGCUGUGAUGGGUUGCCACCAAAAUGACUUGGUCUGUCUAAGUUUAUCCCCUAAUGGGACACGACUGGCCACUGCGUCCGAACGAGGCACCAUCAUACGUGUCUUCGACACUGGAUCUAAGACCAUGCUGCAUGAACUGCGACGAGGCUCCGACUAUGCCGAUGUUUUCUGUAUAAACUUCAACGCUACGGGCUCGUUAAUAUGCUGUGUGUCGGAUAAGGGAACUAUGCAUAUAUGGAGUGCGCGAGGAGCUUGGACUCGUCUCGCCGCCGCCAAAGCAUUCCCAGACACACGAGCACAAUGCGCCUUUAUCGAUGAUAGGAACGCCGUCAUGAUAUGUGAAGACGGCUCCUACCACAAGUUUUCAUUCGCUACCGAGGGCAACUGUCAUCGUACUGACUUCGAUCUGUUUCUUCAGGUGGGCGACGACGACGACAUUCUCCAAUGAUGUUUUUUUUAAACAAACAAUUGACAAUCAAAACUCUAUUUACGCCUAUAAUAAGUGAUAAAACUGUGAAGUGAUGUUAUAUAUAGUAAUAUAAUUAUAAAUAACAUUAAUGAAACAAAGCUUUCUUUGAAAUUCGUGAUAUUUUCACAAAAUGAUAAUACUAUAUUAUAAAGUUUUAACUAUACCGUGUGAACUGCACACUUUUGCAGCUUUUUAAGUAGUUCUAUUAUUAUAAAUUAUAAAUAAUACUAUAUUUUACGUAAAUUUUAUGUAAAUUACGCCGAUUUCAUUACUGCAAUAUUAAUUUAUAUAGUUUUUCUGUUUAUUGAUUUUAUUCUUUAGCUUUGCUGCGAAUGAUUGAAGUUUGCGUAAAUCUACAAUGUUGCGCUUAAAUUGCGCUAAAGAUGCAAAAAUGCGCAACAGAUAAAACAUUGAUUCGUGCAAUACCUUCGUGGUGCUGCUUUAAAAUUUAAAACUAAAUUUUUGUUUUAGGAUUUCAUGCAAAAAAUUCAGUAACAUUGAAGCUGACUUAUGAGUUUUGUCGAUUUCUUUGUAAAUAUU